UCGCUAUCGCUUAGGACUGCUUUUUCUCCCUCCCCCUCCCUGCCAUGAUAAUCUAUUUUCUAAUCUGUUCGUUAAUUGUUAGUUGUACGCUGUAAUAAUCGUGCAUAUGACCACCCCCUCUUUGGAAUGGGGAUAUGCAAAGGGGUGGAAAAGGGUAAAAAAAAAUAAUGCCUCAUCGAACACGCGGAUAAUAAUUUCCCAUCCAUGGUUGAGCCGCUACCACUCUUUUUCGACCCUUUUGAUGGAGCCAUGGGAAAUCGAUCUAUAUGGGACUCCUUUGAUUGAACUCCAUCCUCGAUGCGAGUCAUGCCGAAUUUCUCCGGUCGAUAUCUUGAUCGAGGAUCCCCAGGGAGGAUUCUUUAGGGAUGUCUUGACCCAAAAAAACACACGCUGGGCGUGGAAUGCGUGCACUGUAUGGUCCGAUCGUCCCUCCGUAGGAGGUGAACUUUCGUCAAUGCCCAGAUGUUAUCCGCCGAAACCCUGUCACGGCGAAACGCUGCAUGAUCGCCCCAACCUCCUCUCCCCCUCUCCUCCCCAUAGAAAUCUGGCGAGGCUCUUGCACACGUGUGGUCGGAUGUUUCAUCAAACACCCCCUGGCCCCAUGAGUAUCGUGGCGUGGCAUGGUAUGGGCGCAAUUGUGACUCGACAGGGUGGGGGGAACAGGCAUGUGUCCUGCCUAAGAACGCCCGACGAAUCCAUUCAGCAGCUGCUAGUAAAUCGUCCGUGGCUUCUAAGUCGCCCGGCUGGGAUGAUCCUAAAGCGGAUCAUGCAUGGUUUGGACGCUCUAAGUAGGGGGUUGAAUCCUGUUGUUAAUUAUUGUCCGCGUUGGGGUUUCCUGUUGCGUCCAAGAUAGGGGGUGAAGGAAUGCACGUUGUUGGCCGCGUGGUAGGCGGGCUCCCUUUUUCUUUCCUCCACUAGCUCCUGGCCUGGGUGAUCAUAUAGGAUCGACUGGUAUACUCGCCGGCCUUCCGUAGCAUAUACUGCCGUGAAGAGCCGAUGAUAAAAUGAUAGCGGGGGUGACGAGCCCAGACAGGAACAAUACGCAUUGUCACCGGCUUUACUGGCGCACUGUUCAACGGGUGGGGAGUGGGAUGUCUGUCAAGUUGUCAACGUGAGUCAAGUAUAGAC